AUGUCCGGAAACAUGCACAACGACUUCCACGUUGCCAUUGUCGGCGCGGGUAUUGGUGGCCUCGCCCUGGCCAUGGCGCUGCACAAGAAAUCCGUCCCCUUCACCCUGUAUGAGGACGCCAAGGAAUUUUCAGCUGUAGGUGCUGGUAUCGGCUUUGCGCCAAAUGGCAUGCGAGCCAUGGAUCUGAUUGAGCCUGGAUUCCGUCCCUUGCAAAGACCAAGCAUGGCACAUCGCAAGACGCUGCUUGACAUCAUGACCAGCUUCAUUCCACGACAAAAUGUCAAGUUCAACAAGCGCCUCGUCAACAUCGAACAGCUGCCAUCCAAAAUCGUCCUUACCUUUGCCGAUGGAGAAGUCGCUGAAGCAAGCAUUCUUGCUGGCGCUGACGGCAUCAAGAGCACAGUCCGAGAACAUGUCCUGAAGCCGGAAUUCCCGGACCAAGUAGCGCCAGUCUACGCUGAUGCAUAUUGCUACCGUGCUGUCAUUCCAAUGGCUGAUGCCGAAGCUAUCCUUGGAGAUUUGACCGACGUAGCCAAAUUCUAUUUUGGCCAUAAGCGCUGCGCAGUAACUUACCGCAUAUCAGAGGGGAAGGAGUUCAACUACCUUUUGUGCGUCACAGAUGAGCAAGGCUGGCAACCGGACAAAGCUGUUACACAGAAGGUCUCACAUGAAGCCAUGAUGGCCGAUUUCGAGGGACCAGGCGUCGACGACCGCUUCCGCCAACUUUUGGCCAAGGCAAAUCCCAUCCGAUGGGGCUUCUUCCACCACUUGAGGACUUCGACAUAUUACCGAGGCCGUGUGGCUCUUCUGGGCGAUAGCGCACAUGCGUCAUUGCCAUUUCAGGCAGCGGGCGCUGCUCAAGGCGUCGAAGAUGCUCUGGUCCUUUCGAAUGUAUUGUCAGAGCUUGUCAAAUCAUCGCGAAAAGAAGCAAGUAGCGACGCAAGCAUCGUUGCUGGUCUCAGCGCGUACGGCUCGGUACGAAGGCCACGCGCCCAGAAGCAGCUGGAGCAGGCAGCUGAGGUUGCCCGUAUGCUAUUCUUCCAACACGAAGAAGCAGGGGACGAUAUGGGCAAGAUCUUGCCUCGCCUUCAGCAAGGUCGAUUUGACUGGCUCUGGUUUCACAACGUGCAGGGUGACGUAGACGAAGCCUUGUCGAGAAUGCGAAAGCCAAACUUGUCAUGCGAACAAGUUGACCGGGCGUAG